AUGAUAUUCGGUCGCUGGACUCGUAAGCAAAUACUCACCAUGUUCGGUCUGGGUGGCGCUGUUUUGGGUGCCAUAAUUGUGAUCGCUGUGCUCAACAGCAAUGUGUCUUCCGAGGAGCUGUCCCGACACGAUGCAGCCACAGCCAAGUGCUUUAAGACCAGCCCAAAUACAACCCACUCAACGCUGGAACUAGUGCACAUUGUCUUCAGGCACGGCAUUCGCACACCCGUGGAUACGUACCCCAACGAUCCCUAUUUGAAAGAUGGCUUCAAGCCAACGGGCUGGGGACAUGUCACCAAUUCUGGCAAACGAGAGCUGUACGAAAUGGGCCGCUGGCUGAAUCGUCGCUACAGUGAGUUUAUGGGACCCUACUACAGACCCGAUCGUUUGCAUGCACAAGCCACAGCCUCACCGCGCGCCAUGAUGUCCCUCCAGACGACGCUGGCGAGCAUGUUUGAGCCGAAGGGAACUCCAAUGGAGUGGAACAAGAAGCUCAACUGGCAGCCCAUACCCAUUGUAUCGGAACCUUUAGAUCAAGAUUCGCUCUUGCUGGUUCGGACGCCGUGUCCGCGCUAUUUUGAGGCCUGGGAAGAGGUGUUCAAGCGUCCCGAGGUGAUUGCAGAAACGAAACCAUACGAGCAAAUGUUCCGGGAGCUGACCAAUCUGACUGGGAUGCCGGUGAGGAAUGCCGAGGAUGUCAACUCCCUGUACAUCACACUCCUGGCUGAGAAAGAGUUUGGCUAUGAGCUGCCCGCUUGGACCAAAGACUACUUUCCCGAUCGCAUGCAGUUCCUGGCGGAACAGAGCUACAUCUAUAAUGCCUACACACCGGAGAUGCAGAAGAUCAAGGGCGGACCCUUCCUCAAGCGCAUGUACAAGGAGAUGUCUGAGAAGAGGGAUGGCAGUCUGAGGCCCAAGGAUCGUGGAAUGUACAUCUAUGCUGGUCAUGACUGGACUGUGGGCAAUAUACUAUCCGCCCUUGGGGUUUGGAAGCGUCAGAUGCCUAGGUUUGCGGUCAUGGCCAUCUUUGAGACGCACAGAGAUAAGCAGACUGGUGAAUACUAUGUGGAGAUCUUCCUCCGCAACGACGAACACGGCUGUCUGGAGCAGUUACAGCUAAGAGAUUGCGAUCGUCAGUGCCCCUUGAGUCGCCUCAUCGAACUGAGCAUCGAGGUGCUGCCCAACGAGCCAAUGGAGCAGCGGUGUCGACCCCAUAGCCCCGAUUUUGUGGAACCGCCGCCGCGUCUGAUCGAUCAGAAUGCGGGACGCUAGCCAUAAUUGGGUACGGGCAAUUUUCGCCCUACGGCUGCUCAGUCGCCAUGCUCUCAGUAUUAUAAUGGCAGUCGAAUGGGAGUUGUGUAUAAA